AUGCCGUCUCUAACAUGGGAUAUCCAGAAACCCGUGCGCGAGGAAACCGCUCCUAUACGCGGCGGCCCAUCUAACACGCCGGACCACAACUACGGAGCGCUGCAACGGCCAUGCACGGUGCAGCAGGAGGAAGAUCGACUGAUUGGAGACUUCUACAAACGACACAACAGCGUGGCCGGAGACAAGCCCGCCGACACGGGCGACGAGAAACUGGGCACGUUUUCGGGCGUGUUUAUGCCAACGACGCUCAACGUGCUGUCCAUUCUCAUGUUCCUGCGAUUCGGCUUCAUUCUGGGCCAGGUGGGUAUCCUCGGCAUGUUUGCCCUGCUGGUUCUGUCGUACGCAAUUGACCUGUUGACCACGCUGUCAAUCUCGGCAAUUGCCACCAACGGAACCGUACGAGGAGGAGGAGCCUACUACAUGAUUUCCCGAAGCCUGGGACCGGAGUUUGGAGGAGCGAUUGGCGUGGUCUUCUUCUUUGGCCAGGUGCUCAAUGCCGGUCUCAACGUGGCCGGUUUCUGCCAACCCAUUCUGUCGUCCUUUGGCCAGAACGCAGGCGGAUUCUUUCCCGAAGGAUACUGGUACGAGUUCUUCUACGCCACCGGAGUGUUGCUGUUUUGCACGUCCAUCUGCAUGUUUGGCUCGGGUCUGUUUUCGCAGGCCGGAAAGGUGCUGUUUGUGAUUCUCAUUGUCGCAACGGUGUCAGUGCCGCUUUCAGUCUUCUUUGUCAAGCCUUUCCUUGUAACCAAACUUGACAUCUGGUACAUGGGACCCAGCUGGGACGUGUUCUCGGAUAACUUGCUUCCCAGAUUCACCACUGGCGCUGUGGGCUCGGAUCUCCCCCCAGGUCAGAUGGAGACCUUCACCUCCUUAUUUGGUGUCUUUUUUCCAGCUACAGCAGGCAUCUUUGCAGGUGCCUCCAUGAGUGGAGAUCUCAAGAGACCCUCGUACAGCAUUCCCAAGGGCACUCUGUCAGGUCUGGGACUCACGUUCAUUCUUUACGCCGCAACCAUCCUCGGAAUGGGUGUCGCUAUCCCCCGAGCUCUUCUCUACAAGGAUAUUUCUGUCAUUGAGACCGUCAACCUUUCGAAAUGGCUGAUUCUGUUUGGAGAAAUGUCCACCUCCCUCUUCUCCUCCAUGGUCGGAGUCAUUGGAGCUGCCUACGUUCUCCAGGCGAUUGCUAAAGACGCUCUGGUUCCUUACACGUCUUUUCUGGCGUCGGAAAUCAACGGGCUUCCUAUUCCAGCAGUGUUCACCACUUAUAUUCUUACCCAGCUCACUCUCUUCUUCCCUCUGAACAGACUGGCCACCUUCAUCACCAUGGCGUAUUUGAUGACGUUUGUGGUGACAAAUCUGGCCUGUUUCCUGCUCAAGAUUGCAUCUGCUCCCAACUUUCGACCUUCGUUCAAGUACUUUUCGUCCACGACAGCCUUCCUUGGAGCCGUCUCUUGCAUUGCCAGCAUGUUUAUUGCUGACGGAUGGGCUUCUAUCGGUGCUAUUGUCAUUCUGGCGUUCCUCUUUAUCCUGAUUCACUACGUUUCGCCCCCCAAACCGUGGGGAGAUGUGUCUCAGGCUCUUCUUUACCACCAGGUGCGAAAGUACCUGCUUCGACUUCGACAGGACCACGUCAAGUUCUGGCGACCGCAGAUUCUGCUGCUUGUUGACGACCCUCGGUCAGCAUGGGGUCUCAUCAAGUUUUGCAACUAUCUCAAAAAGGGAGGCCUGUACAUUCUGGGUCACGUGGUGAUCACCAAGGACUUCCAGGAGACGUUCAAGGAGGUCAAGAAGCAGCAACAGAGCUGGACCAAGCUGCGCGACAUGACUGGAGCUAAGGCGUUUGUCCAAAUUGCCUGUUCCCCAGAUGUCGUUUGGGGUGCGCGAAACGUUUUCCUAGGCAGUGGUCUGGGCGGUAUGAAGCCUAACAUCACCAUUCUGGGCUCGUUGCGAGACAAGUCGCAACCUCUGGACCUCCACCGGGCUCAGACUAUCGACAUGGAGGCUCUUCCCACUGACAAUUGUCGAAAAGAGUCUAACAUUCGAGUCACCCAGUGGGUCAACAUUAUCGAGGAUAUAAUUGCUAUGCAGGGCAAUGUUGCCAUUGCACGAGGAUUUAUGGGUAUGGAGCUGCCUGGCAAGAAUAUUAAAACAACGCAAAAGUACAUUGAUUUGUACCCCAUUCAGAUGAGCGCGCAGGUGGUGGAUGAGAACGGAACCUCAACCAUGACCACCAACUUUGACACCUACACUCUGAUCUUGCAGAUGGGGGCCAUUCUUCGAACUGUUCCUCUCUGGAAGGAGCGAUACACUCUGCGAGUUAUUGUUUUUGUGGAGUUUGAAGAUGCUGUUGAGGAGGAACGAGAACGAGUGAGCACGUUGCUCGACACCCUGCGAAUCAAGGCCAAGAUUCUGGUUCUGUGUCUCAACUCCGGCAACUAUGCUGCGUACGAGUGCAUCAUCAAGGGCACUUCUAACCCUGCGGUUGAAUCCAAGUUGUCUGAGCAGGAUUGGUGGUCUGAGCUUGUGGAGGCUCGUGAGAGCAACAAGCCUUAUGCUUUCACUCGUAAGAUGGAAGAGCAUAAGGUGAUUGCCAUUGAUCAUAAGAGAAGACACACGUUCUCUUCUCUGUCUCAUCUCGGUGCCUCUUUCUCUCUCAGAGCCAACUCCAUUUCGUCCGCAGGCACUUUUGACUCCGAGGGGUUCUCUGACUACGACGAGAACUCUUCUGUUAUUGAUGACGAAGAAGAUGAAGAUGAAGACGACACUUCUGAGCUUGAACAAAACACCUCGGCUCUUCACCGUCACAACUCGUUGUUUUCAACCUCCAGACCUCUCGACAGAGUCAAGGAUAAGUCCCGUGACGACGAAUCUUCCUCUGGACGGUCGUCUCCUUCCUCUUCAACUCAUCACGAGCGGCACAACUCCAACAAGCCCGCUUUCACAUCCCAGGCUAUUCCCAAGACCAAGGUCAACGAUAACGACGACGAUGAGGGCAACACAGUCAUGUUUGAGCAUGGAGACGACCCCGCGCAUCCCAAUGUCUUGUCUUUCAACGACGUGCCUGCCCGAGCUCAGCAUAUCAUUUUGAACGACAUGAUGGCUACUCUGAGCAGCAAGGAGGACACUGUGGUCAUUUUCUCGACUCUGCCUGCUCCCUCGAUGGGCACUCACAGAAGCGAACGAGAGAGUCUGGACUUUGUCGACAGUCUGGAGCUGUGGUGUCAGGACCUUCCCCCAGUGCUGCUGUUGCAUUGUCAGACCAUGACUGUUACCACCGCUCUUUAA